UUUUUUAGCUGCCCCCUCCUGUCCCCUUCAAGCGCAAAUAAACCUAUCCCCUCACUUCUCUCCAAAACUUCACUCCUCUCCUUAACUCUCUCCCUCCACCCCCCCCCCCCCAAAACAAAAUUACACACACAUACCAAUACUCUCUAUUUCUCUCAACUUUCUCCUUCCUCUUACAUCCCGAGUCUUGUAGACAUGGAAACUCCGGAAUUCUUCGAAACAAACUACUAUCAUGCUCAACACACUCCUGAAAGACGACUCCCCGACCCCAAAACUGGCGACCAUUUCAUCAUUGACGACCUCCUAGACUUGCCUAAUGACGAAACCAUGGUAGCGGCCGAUGGCUGUCUUGAUGCUGCCAUGGCCGGGACCUCCACAGAAUCCUCCUCUGCCACGCCGGUCGACACUUCAUGCAACUCCUCGUUCUCUACCGCUGAACCACAUUUCCUCGCUGCCGACAUCGUUGGGCACCGCAGCCUGGCGGAUGGGCACUUCUCAAGUGAACUUUGUGUCCCGUAUGACGAUUUGGCUGAGCUGGAAUGGCUAUCCAAUUUCGUAGAGGAAUCAUUUUCUAGUGACGAUAUGCAGAAGAUGCAACUGAUACAAGGAGUCAAGGCCCGAACUAAUGAAGAUUCCGAGAGUCACCAUUACCAAUUCCAGCCCGAAGCCUCUCGUCCAGGCCCCAUCCUCCGCUCUGAAAUGUCGGUCCCCGCCAAGGCCCGUAGCAAGCGCUCACGCGCCGCCCCCGGCAACUGGACAUCCCGCCUCCUUGUCGUGUCCCCUACACCAGCAGCACCCGACGUUCCUGCCAUGUCGUCAUCAUCGGAGUCCGAUGUUGCCACUACGGCGGGAAAAAAAUCGACGAAGCCAGCUGGCCAGAAGAAAAAGGAAGUGCCUGAUAGUUCAACAGGUGGCGAGGGGCGGAAGUGCCUGCAUUGCGCCACCGACAAGACGCCACAGUGGCGGACCGGGCCCAUGGGUCCAAAGACACUCUGCAAUGCCUGUGGGGUGAGGUACAAGUCGGGGCGGCUGGUACCCGAAUACCGGCCCGCUGCUAGCCCGACUUUUGUUCUGACCAAACAUUCCAAUUCACACAGGAAAGUUCUUGAGCUGAGAAGGCAGAAAGAGAUGCUGAGAACUCAGCAGCAGCAGCAGCAAUUUCUGCACCAUCAUCAUCAUCAUCAUCAUCAUCAGAGCAUGAUGUUCGAUGUAUCCAACAGUGAUGAUUACUUGAUUCAUCAACAUAUCGGGCCCGAUUUUCGACAGCUGAUUUAAUUGGUAGUAAGGGAUCAGUAUGAUCAGUAAGUUUAAUCAUGUGGGAGGCCCUUGAAGUUUAAAUUUAGACAAGUUUGCUGAUUUUAUAUUUUGAUCUUUAGUUCAUUAGUUGCUGGGAGAAUUGAUUCCUAACUCAUCGAAUUUUGUAGUAUUUUUCUUUGUCAAUUUUUAUCAGGAGUAACAAUAGAGGACUGCAAGGACUACUAAAUGUCCUUAAUUCGAAAUGUAUUUUUGCCACAAUGAUCUGGCCAAUUCUUGAUCAAUCAAUUUUUCCUAA